AUGAUCAAAAAGUUAGAUCCAUUUCAUUUACAAAUUGUUGCUCAACACUUUUUCUUUGCAGAUGAUUUUAUAAAUAUGAUUCUUGUAUGCAAGAAAUUUUCGUGUAUUUUAGACAGAUUUAGAUACAACCCCAUACCAAUAACUUCAACUAAAUUAUUUCCAAAUAUAGAAACUCAGUAUUUAUAUAACGAGAAAGAUGUCAAAUUGCCAGAAAUAAAACGCGUUGUUGUGUUGUACAAAGUUGAUAAUUGGUAUGCAAAUAGUCAUUUAAAAGACCCUAAUAUCACAUUUAAAAACCUUUACGUUUCUGUAAAGGACACUGAUAAAAUUACAGAAGAAGACGAAUUGAUUCAACUAAUGGAAAACACAAACAUUAGAAGUUAUGGCUCUCGUGUUUUUAACUCUUUUUAUUUUGACACUUUUAAAGUUCCAAUUCAUAUCACAAACCUUGAAAAAUGCGCUUUUAGUGAUUAUGAUGAACUUGAAAGUGUUACUUAA